AUGCCCGAGUUUGAAAGGAGGCAUCCCGCGUGUCGGGAAUGUAGAGAGAAGAAGCUGCGAUGCGUGCCCAACCAGGACAACGAAGACAAUAGCUGUGAUCGGUGUGUGAGGCUGGGCAAAAACUGUGAAAUCCCCGAAGUCAAGCGAAGACAGCGGAAGGCGCGAUUACGUGGCCGAGUGGACCAACUGGAAAGCAGUUACUCUGAGAUUUUGUCCUUGUUGAAACGAAACGCGAAUAGUUCCCCAAACGAGACAUCUGGACCUGGAUCGGGGGGACCUCCUUCAAUCAUUGAUAUUCAGUCACAAACGGCCUCCACCAAGAUCCAAUCGCUCCCCACCAACGCUUCGGGGAUCUCAAAUUUGUCUCUGGAAGAAUGCGAAUCUCUCCUCAGCCACUAUCGACGCAUGUCCCAGAGCUUCUUCCCCUAUGUCAUCGUCCCCGAGACAUGUCAGGCGGCUUCCGUGAUUCAAGAACGGCCCAUGCUGGCUCAGGCCAUCUUCAUUGUCACGACCUGGAGAAACCCGAUCGUCCAAUCUCCUCUUCAAGCGCAAUUCCUCAAAGAACUGGGUGAAAGAUAUUUCAUCAAGUCGGAAAGAUCGCUGGAUUUGUUGCAGGGUCUCAUUGUUUAUUUUGGCUGGUGUCAUUGGUACGCUACGCCCUUCGCAUACCAGGCCUUCAGACAUGGAUCUCUCGUGGCAUCCUUGGCCGUCGAACUCGGCAUCACGCAGAGACCCAUGAGCAUCACGCAGCACGAUAUCAUCGUCAACGCCGGCGCUGGACCGCCCCCGACAAACGAAGCCAUGUCAUCGAAAUUCUGGUGUUAUGAAGCUCGAAGAGCUCUAGCUGGAGCCUAUAUCAUUUCCAUAUUUUGCUACUAUACAUUCCGCAAACUUUCUCCACUCACAUACACACAAUACAUUGACGACUGCGCUGCCUCUCUCGCAGCGGAUCCACAAUACGCUUCCGACGCGACCAUAAUUCAUCAAGUCCGCUCCUUCCACAUCGCCGAACAGACCACCGACGUGUUCGAUCAAGACUCGAAAGAGAAAUUCGGAGACUUGAAUGAUGAAAAGGUCCAGAUCCUCGUCAAAACACUGGCAAAGAACCUGGAUGAUUGGAGAGCAGCGUUGCCGGUAGGAACGUCCGAGAAUGAGAAUGCUCGGCAUCAACAAUGGUACUUCGCCGGCCGCGCGUAUAUCCACGAAGUCGGCCUGUACGGGCUCCUCCAGGGCCAAACUCCCAGUGUCACCCGCAUCUCCAUAAUCUAUGAAUGCUUCGUCUCGGCCAUGAAAUACCUGUCCGAAGUCCUCGAGCUGACCUUGGAUGACAUGGCCGAUUGGACAAGUCUAGACUGGCGCGCUCUGAAUUUCUGCAUCAUGCUCUGUACGAAGUCGAGUAUUAUUUUGGAUGCGACGACGUUUGGGUCGGGCGGUGCUGGGCCGGAGGCGUCGCAGCGCGCGGCGUGGUUGUAUAAGUGUCUUGACACCCUAUGUAUGAGGACGAGGGAGUUGCGGCGCCUAGUCACCACAUGCCACAACCCAGUCAACAACAACACCGCAAGCGACGCUUCUGGCGGAGUAAGUAAUGGCGGUGCUGGAGUGCCACAAAGUGGCGACAGCAGGGACAGAGACCGAGAUCACUGGCACUUCUUCAAGCGUCUCGCGACCGACUGGGCACACGUGAAGAUCUGUCAUCAAAAUUGUACGCAGAAAAGGCUGUCUAUCACCAAUACUAAUACCUCCUCCUUCCUCGGCCCUACCACCAACGCCACUGCAAACACUACUUCACAGCAACACGCUCCAACAACAGGAGUGGGUAAUAUGCUCCCUGGCCUCCACCAAUCUUUCACCCAAGAACAACAAACAUCCCUCGAAGCCUUUAAUCGAUUUGACAUGGAUCCAAUCAACGACCUCUUUUGGGUCGGACUCACGGAUUCAGACACGUUGAACAUGAUAAAUAUGAAUAUGAGCACCGGUAGUAUGAAUAGUAUUUUUCAAAUGUAG